AUGCCUUUCAAACCCUUCAUACCACCUCUUAAACGGAAGGAUUUACCGAAUAACGUAUCACAACAAGUGCCCGAUGACUCAAGCGUACCGCACCCAUCCAAACGACCGCGUCUCAGUGUCGGUGAACAUGAGAUCGAGACCGAUAAGGCAAAGCCCGUGGUUCUUGAUUUGACUUUAUCUGAUGCUAGGAUAGUUAAAAAGGACUCGAUAGCAAGGCGUCCCUUACUUAAAGUCAAGAAUAUGCCGGGUGAGAUAGAGACACUGGCGGUGGGCAAUGGCAACGCCAGCAAUGAUAUUGAGGCAUACUAUAAUGUUCUCUGGCGCAAGUUCACAGCGAAGAAGCACAAAACCUGGGAUGGCGACGGAAUCCUAGUAAUUCAGGGAGGGUAUGGCUAUCUUCGAGAUGUAUCUGGCCGCGAAAUGGGUCGCAUCGUGAUCAACAAGCUUCUUGAAUGUGGAACAAGCUUGACAAUAGGAGGAAAGGAUGUUGAGGUUGAGUCCGCAAUCUCGAAGAAGGACUAUCUUUCAGGCAAGGAAUUCUUGAACAACGCUAGGAAGCCUUCCUCUUCAACUCCAUCUCGACCGAGAACUGCCUCUAGCGGUGCUACUCAAAUUUCUGAGGCGAAGAAUGAGCUCUCAAGCAGUGAGGGACUUCUGGAUUCUUGUAUGAAGCCGAAAACUAUGAAGCACGAGGUUGGGCCGCCAAAAUUAUCAGUGAAACAUCUUAACGCCGCGGCCUCGAGAGGCGGUGUUAUCGGCACGGCUUUCAAAAAUCCCUUGAAAGAGACAUCAACCGCGACACUUCAAUCGGUGGUCAAACCAAUUCCACGUCAUGAUCCCAAUGCCCCUGGAGCUUUGGUUAUGAAACGUCCAAAAACUGCUCCGAAGGGGCAGACGAUUGUUGACGUCGUUGUCGAUCCUUUUCUAACCAAGCAUCUCCGCGAACAUCAACGAGAGGGCGUCAAGUUCUUGUAUGAAUGUGUUAUGGGCCUGAGGGAUUACAAUGGUGAGGGUGCCAUACUGGCUGAUGAAAUGGGACUCGGCAAAACUCUCCAGACGAUUACCUUGCUAUGGACUCUACUAAAACAGAACUUCAUCUAUGAAGCAGCACCUGUGGUGAAGAAGGCAUUGAUUGUCUGCCCGGUCACGUUAAUCAAUAAUUGGAGAAAGGAAUUUCGCAAAUGGCUUGGAAAUGAGCGAAUUGGAGUCUUCGUCUUCGAUGAUAAACGCAAGAAGUUGACUGAUUUCACAAUGGGCAAGGCUUAUAAUGUCAUGAUCAUUGGAUAUGAGAAACUUCGUACUGUUCAGGAAGGAUUGCUCAAGGGACAUGGAAUCGAUAUCGUCAUCGCAGAUGAAGGUCAUCGACUGAAGACUGUGCAGAACAAAAGUGGUCAAGCGAUUCAAGCCUUGAAUACAGCAAAACGAAUCAUUCUUUCAGGAACGCCUAUACAAAACGAUCUCAGCGAGUUUUUUGCGGCAGUUGACCUAGUCAACCCCGGCAUCCUUGGUACUUAUAAAAAUUUCAUGAAGGAGUUUGAAGGGCCUAUUGUUCGCAGCCAGCAGCCAGAAGCGACAAUAAGAGAUAUCGAGAAAGGCGAAACAAGGGGUGAGGAACUUCGAGAACUCACAUCAAUGUUUAUUCUGCGAAGGACAGCCGAUAUCCUGUCCAGGUAUCUUCCUCCCAAAACGGAAUACGUGAUACUAUGCAAUCCUACUUCGGUUCAAGCAAGUAUCUACCGCCAUGUGCUUGGGUCUCCAAUCUUUCAGACUGCAUUAGGGAACACAGAAGGGGCAUUUAGUCUGCUUACCAUUUUAAAAAAGCUCUGCAAUAGCCCAUCAUUGCUCAAUGCAAAGACCGACGACGAGCCGCAGAACUCCACUGUGGCAACACUACUAUCUACAUUAUCACCAAGCCUACGUCGCCAAUUCUCACCGUCAUCGAGUGGGAAAAUCAGAGUCUUGGAUCAGCUGCUUCAUAACCUACGGACAAGCACCUCCGAGAAGAUUGUUAUUGUUUCCAAUUACACCUCUACGCUUAACUUACUCGGCGUACUACUCACCUCUCUCUCCUUACCGUUUCUUCGACUAGAUGGCUCCACACCCUCUUCCAAACGACAAUCGCUUGUGGAUGAUUUCAACCGAGCUCCUGCCAGUACUUGCUUUGCAUUCCUUCUCUCCGCCAAAGCUGGAGGUACAGGACUGAAUCUAACAGGUGCCAGUCGUCUUGUCCUCUAUGAUGUAGACUGGAACCCGGCCACUGAUCUUCAGGCCAUGGCUCGAAUCCACCGCGACGGUCAGAAACGUCAUUGUUACAUUUACCGAAUUAUGUUAAAGGGCGCUUUGGAAGAAAAAAUAUGGCAGCGUCAAGUCACAAAAAUUGGUCUGGCGGACAGUGUCAUGGAAUCGAAAUCCAGCAAUAUGGCCCAGUUCUCGCGAGAAGAACUUAAGGAUUUGUUCCGGCUAUACGAAGAUAAGAGCUGUCAAACUCAUGAAUUACUAAAUUGCAAAUGCGGUGGGAGAGGCAGGCCUCCUCCAACUCCUGUUCCUAUAUCGCUGUUAGGCGAAGAUGAUGAGGAUAACGAAGUGAUCGAUCCCACCGAAACAACCCCGGAGAAAUCUCGAAGUAUCUCCCCAUUCUGGAAAGAAGAAGAAUUAUCCGACAGCGAAGACAUAGACCUCCCAGACAUCCCCACACUCAUGAAAGCAUCAGAAGUCAACAUCGAAGAACAAGAAGACCAGAUCCGUCGCGGUCAACACGCUCUUCAUCGAAGAAAUGGGCAGAAAGCAGCCAACACCAAGAUGGCGAAGCAAUCGUCAGCAACACUGUCAAGUCGCAAAAGAAAAGCUAGGAAAGAUGAGGACGAGGACGAGAUGGGAUCUAGUGAACAAAGCAAGAUCCAGCGUUUUCUCGCUGAGUACGCGCAUAUCGAUCCUGCUGCGUUCAGGUCUAAUGGCCGAGAUAAUGGAGAUGAUGAUAUAAAAAAUCACAUUGACGACCCCAUCUUACAGGCUCUACUUGACGAUGAGGACCAUGGGAUUGGAUUCCUGUUUCAGAAGACUGCUUUCCCAACUUCUGGUCCCGAAACGUCUGAAAGUGGUGAUAAAGAGGUUUAA